UUUGCAAUGCCUAAUAGUGGGAUACCUGUGGCAGAAAAUGAAAUAUAUUUUCGUUUUCACAAUAAUAUAUUUGAGCAUUUUUAAAAGCAGAGAUCAUGAUUGUUAUUAUCCUUUGCGAUUCCUAAAAGAAACAUUUUAAAUUUACUGUUGAUACUUAUAUAAGGUAUGUUCAGUUCCGUCUGAUCCAAAACCCGUAUACGUCAUGUCAUAUUUUUUAUAUACCUGUUUUAAGCUGUUUCCUUUGAAGUAAGUUUCAUUAUUCACCAAUGACAAUGGAGUAUUUUCGAUCCGCAUAUCAAUUGAUCCGGUUGUUUUGAUCAGAUAAAUAGCCAGAAUUUGUUCACUUUCAUAAUUAUCUAUAAACGCAGAAAGUCCCAUCAUGCCCGCUAAAGUUGCAAAGAAAGGCGAGAAGAAAGCUGGGGGAAAAGCUGCCAUAACGGGCACUAAGAAGAGAUCUAGAAAGAGAAAGGAAAGUUACGCUAUAUACAUUUACAAGGUUCUAAAACAAGUUCACCCUGAUACCGGAAUCUCAAGCAAAGCCAUGAUCAUAAUGAAUUCGUUUGUGAACGAUAUAUUCGAACGUAUGGCAACAGAGGCGUCGCGAUUAGCACACUAUAACAUGAAAUCAACCAUAACCUCCCGAGAGAUCCAAACAGCUGUUCGAUUACUACUUCCUGGUGAACUGGCGAAGCACGCAGUAAGUGAAGGAACGAAGGCUGUCACUAAGUACACCAGCAGCAAGUAAAGAUCCAGACAAACUUUACUCCCGUUGCAAAUCAGCUACUUGAUGAAGGAACCCAAUUCGUUCGCUGGAUCCCAUACCAUUUCCAGUAAUGUUAUAUUUAUCAUUUUGUACAAUGUUAUAUUCCAAAAUACACUACAAACAGUUACAGUUCGUGGUUUUAAAAUGUUAUACAAAACUGAUACAAUGAAAAUGUUACAAAUUAAAUCGUUAUGAAGUACUUACAACAUCCAGUUGACAGCAUUUGCUAUGAUCAAAAGCAACAUUCUGUCCUGGAAAAAUAUAAGUAGCAAUAGUAGAGUUUAAUAACACUUUAUUGCAUUAAAACAAUUGUUGCAUUUGGGACAGUUCCUAUACAUUUCGUAUUAUUGACCCCAAUACCUCGACUUGAAGCAAUAAUUGUUUAAAUGCAAGAUCAUUUAUUUGUACAGAAUAAGAAGAGCAGGAAAUAAAGGUUCUUUUAACAUUUAGUCUUAA